AUGUCUCGUUUCCUUAUUUUGUUGUUCGCGAUUUUCGCUAUGAUGUCUAUCUCAUCUGCAGGACGAGUGUGUCCACCGAAUUCAACUUGGAAAUCCUGCGCAAGUGCCUGCCCAUUAACCUGCGAGAAUCCUAAACCGAGACCUUGCACUUUGGUUAGUAUUAUGUAG